AUGACUUCUCUCAGGCUUGCCGUGUUUUCUUCUCGUCCUAAUCCUAUUUUUAGACAACCAGAAACUUUUGUUUGCAUCAGAAAUAAAAGACAAAAUAAAAAAUUGCAUUCUUACAUUAUAGGCAUUGGAUAUUUAAAAAGAGAAAAGAGCCAAUAUAUUAACGGUCACUUUUUUCGACAGUAUUCGUCUUCAUCAAAAAGCAACGAUCCUUUAGGAUUAUUUACGAAUGAAGAUGGCAACAACAAUAGAACAAAUAAAAAUAAUGAAUCAUCUGAUUCACCAUUAAUAAACCCUCCAUCUUCUCAGCAGCGGUCAUCCACAUCAGGGAUGGACGCUUUCUCAUCAGCAAUCAACAAAAAUACAUCGCAACAGCGUUCCCAACAACUUUUCCAAUCCCAGUUCACCAACUCGCCAAUCUCCUCGACGGCAUCAAAACUAGUAAUGCAAGAACGCGAUCGACAAGUAAAGUCAGACGUAACCCGUCUUCUAAAAGACAUGUUAGAACGGUCGGCAUCAACGCACUUUAUUUACGUGACUGCCUCCUACAACAACACAAUCAUCACACUAACUGAUAAUAAACACAACCCGUUAGUCAGGCAAUCGGGUGGCACGGUCGGUUUCAAAAAAUCACAUCGUGGCGGGUACGAGGCGGCACAUCAGACUGCUGUGGCGAUUGCGACUAAGGCUAAAGAGAAAAACAUAAAGAUUAUGGAUGUGGAGAUUGUGUUGAAGGGGUUUGGACCCGGACGGGAUGCUGCAUUUAAGGCAUUGACUGCACCUGAGAAUGGAUGGAAUAUUAAACGAGUUACAGAUGCUACUCCGAUUCCAUUUAAUGGAUGUCGUCCGAGAAAAACCAGAAGAAUAUAA